ACAUUUUCGGCUCUAUGUUUUGUAUUUAGGGUUUGAAAGAAUUUUUUGCAUACAUCAAUUAUGUCGGCCUAGGGUUUGCCCUUGUAAGUUUCUCUUUGUAUAGGAAUUUUUCUUCUUUUGGUAAAAAAAAGUGGAAAGAGAAGACCGAAGGUGUUUUGAUCUUCCGGUUUGAUUGACAGGCAGGGGAUAAAGUUAAGUAAUGCAAAGGAGAUAAUUAUUUAUAGGCUUAUGUGCGGUUCUUUGUAUUUUUAAAUUUUAGGGUUCAGAUUCUGACUUUCAGUAGAAAACCCCAUGGAAGAAGAAGACGAGUUUGGAGAUCUUUAUGCUGACGUGUUGGUCGAAAAUUCCACUGUGAAUGCUAACAAUCCAUCUGCAACCCUCACGUCUAAACCGAUUUAUGAGCAAUUUGAUGACGACGACGACGAGGUAGUAUUGUACGGGAAAUCCUCGCCCUCGACGUCACACCAGCAGCAGGUGUUAAGGGAAUCCCAGCCCGCCGAAAUAGAAGACGACGAUUUUGAUUUAAAUGGCACGAGGAGUGAGGCACCAGGUGUUUCAGGGCAUGCUGAUGUCGAUGCCAGUGACCAAGAUGCCAUCGCAGGGAAGUCUGAAAUGGAGUGGAAUUAUUCAGAAGCUGAUGAAUUUGGUGCUGCUGGCACUCAAGCUUCUGGGCAAGAUAAUUUGUUGAAGAAUCCAGAGACCAAGGAGGAUGAAUUCGAUGAUGGGAAUGGCGAAAUCGCUGUGCUGGAACCACCCAACGAAACAGUUGCGCAAGAUACUUCAGUUCACGCAUCGGUUGAGACCGCUGAAAAUAAUAUGCAGGAAUUUGGAGAAGAGAAUGGCUCGCCCCAAGUCAAUAACAGUAUUCCAGGUAUUGGAGUAGUUUCUGGUGGGGCGAUGUCUAUACCUGGGAUAUCAAGUUACCAUGAGGAUGGUGGUGAAGGCAAUGGAGAUAACUUUGUUGCAGAAGGAUCUGAGAGGCAGGAACUGAUGCCUACAGCUGAAAUGGCUGGUAUCCAAAAUCAAGAUGCGCAAAUGAGGGACGAAUGGGAUAGUGACAGUGAGGAUGAUUUACAGAUUGUCCUCAAUGAUGAUCGAGUAAUGUAUCAAACUUUAGAGAGAGGGGACAGGGAUUUUGAAGAAGGAAGUGAGGAUGAAGAUGGGGAUGAUCUGGUGAUUGUUGCCGGUGAUGAUCAUCCCAUUGAAGAACAAGAAUGGGGAGUUGAAACACAGUUGCCAUUAGAUGGCCUUGCCUCUACUUCUGGUGACAAAACCUCACCAGCAGAAAAAGUUGGAGAUGAUAAAGGGCAGAAUGGAAAGGGUAAUGUUGGAAUUGGAAAUGGAGGAAUCGCUAGAGUGGGUUAUGGCAAUCAGCAUUAUCAUCCACACUAUUCCUAUAAGUAUGUGAGGCCAGGUGCAACAGCAAUUCCUGGCGGUGCUUUAAGCUCUUCUGGAGGUGCUCAAAAUCACCUUAGACCUCCAAUCUCUAGUGGAGGUGUGUGGGGACCUGGCAAAGGUGUAGCUACAACAGGGAGAGGUGAUUGGAUACCUGGUGGAGGCAGGGGAUCUGUGCCGAGGUCUUCUCUACCUGGGCCUGGUAUGCCUGCUUGGACUGGUGUUCCCGGUGCACGUGGUUUUCAGAACACAUUUGAGUUUACUCUACCUCCUAGCAAGACAAUAUUUGAAAUUGACAUUGAUAGCUUUGAGGAGAAGCCAUGGAAACUUCCUGGGAUUGAUAUAACAGAUUUUUUCAACUUCAACCUUGAUGAAGAUGGUUGGAAACAGUAUUGCAGACAAUUGGAGCAACUUCGGUUGGAGGCAACAAUGCAAAGUAAAAUUCGUGUUUAUGAAAGUGGAAGGUCAGAACAGGAGUAUGAUCCAGACCUGCCUCCUGAGCUCGCAGCUGCUGCUGGUCUGCCAGAAGUGUUUGGAGAAAGUGCUCAAAAUAGGCCAUCUGAACUUGGAUCUUCUGUGCCUGGUCGUGGAAGGGGUACGGGGCGUGGAAGAGCACCAAUUCCAACAGGUAGAGCUAUACAGGUUGAAGGUGGUGGUUCUGAAAGACGACCCUCAGUAGAUUUUAGGCGGCCACGAUUUCACGAUUCUGAUGCUGUUAUAGAGAUUGUCUUACAGGAUGCGUCAAUGGAUGAUACUACUGACCCUUCGAGAGUGGCUGAAGGUUGUAAUGAUACAAAUGAAAAGGAGGAUUCUGAAAAGGAUGACCAAGAUUUUGAAGGAGAUCAGAAACAGGAUAAUCCAGAAUAUUUCUUGCAAACGCAACAUUCAGAGUCCUGGGAAAGGGUUAAUGAUGAUCCAAAGGCUAGUUCGGGAGGUGUAUUGAUACCUAGGACAUUGCAUCACGGGGAUGGGAUUUUACCAUUGCCCCCAGACCCUCCUUUUCCCUGCCAGCCAGGUUCUGUUGUAGGUCCUGCUGUCUUCACGACCAGGAUACUUGAUCAGCGACAUGAUAUCAGAAGAUCACAUAUGAUGAAACCAAACAAGGGUUUUCCUCAACUAGGACAUGAGCGUGAAAAUGGGAUUGCUGCCAAUCAAGAUGUUAGAAGGAGCAGAGCUGAUAGCUUCAGAAAGGACAGAAUGGUGAACGGUGUGGAAAGGGCAUGGUCUCCAGAAAUAGGACACCCAAUGGAUGAUAUUGAGAGGAAGCUCACUCCAGAUGUAAGAUGCAUGAAUCUAGAGCAACAUGCUGUGGAAGACAUGCAUAUUGAUUCAAGAUCAGAUGGUCAAAGCAAACCAAAUUCAGAAGCAAGAGGUGAAGAGUACACAACUGAUGACCAUGGUUCAGUACAUUCUGUAAAAGAGCACAAGUUGAGUUCACACGAGUCACCGGUACCAGUAGGAGGUUAUGUCCAUCGUUUCAAGGUAUCAAAAAGUGGCAACAGUAAAGCUGAUUCUGGAAAUAGUCGAGCUUAUUCUAAAGAUAGAGGAAAUAGUAGGGAUUAUACUAGAGGACGGGGAAAUGUUGAAGAAGAGAUAACACAAUACAGGCCUCAGAAAAGGCCUGUGAAAGAUGGAAAUAAGCUACAUUUUGAUGAAGAUUCUCAUCCAUAUGAUGACUAUGUUUGGAAUGGUAGGCAUAAUAAUGAGAAAGACAGCAGGCACCAGAAAAGCAGAGAACUUUUGCAUCAUCGUGAAGAUGACCCGUAUCUGCAUGGAGAUCAUGAAGAAGUGUACCAUAGGAGAGCAAAAGAUGAAAGGAUUGAUAGGCUCAGGGAAAGGGAUGAACAUGUGAAACCGUGGUAUGGGAAAAAUGAAGAUCUACGGAAUCUAAGAGAAAAAGAUGAAGAUUCAUGGAGGAGAGAUAAUGUUUCGAAGGAUGGUGGUUUACAGCAUCGGGACAGGCGACAAAACAAUGAUAGGGAUGAAAGACAGGAUCACUUGCUUCCAAGAAAAAGAAAGGAUGAAGAUGAUAUGAGGGUCCAGAUUGAUAGAGAAGAUGCUAGGCGGGGAGAGAAAGAAGAUGAUGUUAUGACAAGGCAAGAAAAGGUAGGCGAUCCUUACAUUAGAAGAAAGAAAGAUGAAGACUUGACUUGGAAAGAUAGAGUGGAUAAGGAUGAAGUUUCACGGAAUAUUAGAGAAAGAGAAGAUAUGGUGGGAGAGAAGAAUGAGAAAGCUGAUGAAUAUCGAAGAAGAAGAAAGGAAGAAGACUUGCGAAGAAGAGAAAGAUCAGAUAAAGAUCAGAAUAUUCGGGAUCCGAGAGAGAGAGAAGAUAUAGGACAUGAAAAGAAUGAGAGAGAUGGAGGAUAUUUACGAAGAAAGGAUGAAGAUACACGGAAGAGGGAAAGAUUAGAUAAGGAUCAAGGCAUGCGGGAACUCAGAGAUAGGGAUGAGAUGCAUAGAGAAAAACAUGAAAGGGAUGAUGAGUACUUGAGAAGAAAGGAAGAAGACGUGCAUAGAAGAGAGAGAACAGAUAAGGAUGAAGGGCUUCGGGAUUUGAGAGAGAGGGAAGAAAUCAGCCGGGAGAGAUCAGAGAGGGAGGAUGAUUAUCACUUUAGAAGAAGAGAGGAAGAGUCCAGAAGGAGGAGCAUACUGGAUGACUCUAGGAUGAGAAAACAAAGGGAUGAUUCCUGGAGGCGAAGGGAAAAAGAAGAUGAAAAUUGGAGAAAGCCAGGGAUUGAGGAGACACAUUAUAGGAGAGAGAGAGAGGAUGACAAGUCAAUCAUAGCAGGCAGGAGCAAGCGUCAAUCUGAAGAAAAAAUGUGGCACGGUAGUGACAGGGAGAGAGCUCGCAGCAGAGAAGAAGCAAGUCUUUCUAGUAUUGAUAAAGAUCGCUUAAAAGAUAAAAGAAAAAGUGAAGAUCCACGUGUCAAGGUUAAAGAUCGGGUAGAGGAGACAGGAAGAUCGAGACAUCAUGAACGGGAUGACUUGUAUUUGCGAAUGGAUCGGAAUUCACGGCUUGAUCGUUCGCAUCCUCGUUAUGAUCAUACAAGCAGUGGACACAGUUUAGAAGACCAAAAGAUGUACCGGGAAAAAAGGACCUUGGAUAAUCGGAAUGGAUUAGUUUCUAGCUUGGUAGAUGAUAGAAUUCGCCAUGAUCAGGUAGCUGCUAAGAGGAGGAAGACUGAAGAUUACUACAAUACACAUCAUGAGAAAAAGGCAUCAGACAGAAGUACUGAAGAUCAAGAAUCAGGAACUGUCUGGACUGUUCACACUGAUAGGAGAACUCACAACCGCAUAAUGCCCCCGGACCUUUCUAAGAGGAUGCAUGAACAUGAAGGUUCAGAUCGUAACAUUUCAAAACUGAAACGACUUGCUGAUGACAGUGUGUCUGAAGAUGAACAGCUAAGGAGAGGCCGGUCCAAAUUAGAGCGUUGGACUAGUCAGAAAGAAAAGGAAGAAGCUAAUUUAUGGGACAAUGAUGCAAGAAAACAUCAUAAAAUGCCUGCAAAUCAUGAGGAUACUGUAGCUAGAAAGGAAGAGGAAACUAAGAUUGAAUUGAGUUUUGAUCCAGAGUCAAAACAGAAACCUGGAAAGGAGUGUCCUCAAUCCCAAGAGGGAGACGACCGUAUUGCCGAUCAGGAGGAGAAAGAGGCUAUUUCAGAUGAACCUGUACAUGUUGCUGAAGGUAUGCAGGCAGAUACAGAUAAAAGUGGAAACCGUCAGCAUUGUGAGGCAGUAGCUAAACUGGAAAAGCGGAGGGAGCGUUUUAAACAACCAAUUCAAAAUGAAAAGGAUUCUCAAAGAAAGGCCGAGAAUGAAGUUCUUUUAGAAAAUGAAACUGAUGAAGUUAAACAAGAAAGGCCUGCUCGCAAAAGGAGGUGGGGAAGCAACUAGAUUUGAUCUGUUAUUAUGAUGCUGAAGAUUGCAUGGAUUUACUGUGUGGGGGAAUGAACUUUCAGUAUCUUUUAUUGCAUUGCACUCUGGAAGUUCUUUGACCAGGCACAGGUUCACAUUACUCAAAAGCUUUUAUUGAUUGCCAUGUGAUGUGAGCCAUGUGAUGUGAUUCGCCUCUGCAAAGCAGGAGCUUAUGUAAUUUUUAACUUUGAAAAUCUUAGGGUGAAAUGACUUCCAGGAUAAUGGACCAGUCAUGCUAAACAUAAUAUUAUUGGAUUAUUUUAGCACUGAACUUUCCUUAAUGUUUAAGAAUGUAGUGCAUGUCUUCAACACCAGUAUUUUCCAUCAAAAUGGAGAAUAGUUUUUCUUCAGUUGAUUGUAGACAAGCUGUAGCAUUAUUGUUUAAAGCCAGCGAGUUCUCAUGUGGCGGUUUAUAUAGCCUGAGUGGAUGACGUUCUUACUGUGGCCCCUGGGUAACAGCUCUAGACAUAUUUUUACCUUUACAAUCUAACAAUUUGUACGGAAGCAGACAUACUAUGCAGAUCCUGUCCUAAUUUCCAGCAAUUGCUAUAUAUUGUAUUCAAGUCUAAGUUCUACCAUGUUUGCAAUAUUUGCAAGCAUGCACUGCAUUUGAUUGUAUGCCACCUCAUUAAAGGUUAAGGCAAUGAGGUUGAAGCUUUACCUCACUAGGGAUAAUGCUAGUAACCAUUUGGAAGUUUCUGUAUAUUCUGAAUUAUACUUGUGAAACAUUUGUUUUCACAUACUGAGUGAAGUUAACCAGCCUAUGUAUAUUAUUUCUGGAGUUUUAAGAGGCAGUGAGCGGAUGCCUGUAGUUGACAUAUGGGAAACCAGUGUCAGGAUCAUUUGUUUCCAGGUGAUACCUUCGUAGUUUGUUUAUGAGCAGCAUAAAUAUCUCGCUUCUCAAUUUUUUUAACUAGCCUUUCAGAUGGGUAAAUAAUCGCUUGGCAGACAAGUAAACUGAAUAAUAAAAGAAGUGGUCUGACAUGCUUCCUUUAUGGAACAAAAUAUUAAAAUUACAUGAGCUAUUCAUGAUGUAUAGAAACUCAUUUGAUGAUUUAUUUAUGAUACAAGCUAGUCUCUCCAUGGAUUCUCAGUUUCUUUAUGA